AGCGGAGCGGGCGCGGCGUGAGGUGCGGCUGGGCUGAGGGGACGCGCGGGAGGUGGCGUUGCCAUGUCGCACGGCCACAGCCACGGCGGGGGCGGGUGCCGCUGCGCCGCCGAACGAGAGGAGCCGCCCGAGCAGCGCGGCCUGGCCUACGGUCUGUACCUGCGCAUCGACCUGGAGCGGCUGCAGUGCCUCAACGAGAGCCGCGAGGGCAGCGGCCGCGGCGUCUUCAAGCCGUGGGAGGAGCGGACAGACCGCUCCAAGUUUGUUGAAAGUGAUGCAGAUGAAGAGCUUCUGUUUAAUAUUCCAUUUACGGGCAAUGUCAAACUCAAAGGCAUCAUUAUAAUGGGAGAGGAUGAUGACUCACACCCUUCUGAGAUGAGACUGUACAAGAACAUUCCACAGAUGUCAUUUGAUGAUACAGAAAGGGAGCCAGAUCAGACUUUUAGCCUAAACCGGGAUCUUACAGGAGAAUUAGAGUAUGCUACAAAAAUUUCUCGUUUUUCAAAUGUCUAUCAUCUCUCGAUACAUAUUUCAAAAAACUUUGGAGCAGAUACCACAAAGGUCUUUUAUAUUGGCCUGAGAGGAGAAUGGACUGAGCUUCGCCGACAUGAGGUGACCAUCUGCAAUUAUGAAGCAUCGGCUAACCCAGCAGACCACAGGGUCCAUCAGGUUACCCCACAGACACACUUCAUUUCCUAAGGGCUGGCCAAGGCUCCCACAAGGUGCUGUGUCAGUGAAGAUAUAUGACUACCUGUUGGGAAAGACAAAGAGAUGAGGCUCCAGAGAGAGUUGGCUGCCACAGCCUCUGCCAAGCUUUAUCUUUGGGGUUUGCUGCAGAAAUCUGGCCUACGGAAGACACUGUACCACUGGGAGGGUUGAAUGGGUGCCCCGGGACAAUCGUGGUUCUUAAGGGCACUGCAGAAAUUGGGUCUUGGGCUGGGUGGCGUCUGGCAGUCAUGGAUAACGCUUGCUUUUCCAGUUGAUGUAGCCAUGGAAUCCCAAGUGUCUUGUUGCUUUGCGGCAGGAUUUUUGUGUGACUUGUGUUUUAAAAAAAUGGAAACUAUUCCUGGGCUGCAGGAAACUUUCUGAAGCCUCAGGAUCAUGUUUGUGUUAGCCAUCAGGAGGGUCUCCAAUAGAAACACUUGUUCCUGCUUGCUUCUCUUCCCUGUCAUUGUUGAGCAUUCUUGUCAAGUUGCCCAGCUUGGAGCUUGUCACGCUCAAGUGUCCCAUGGUUACAGCUACAAGGAUAGGAAUCUUAUGAUGAUAUGUGAUAGCUUGGGGAGAAGGUCUUUCUCUGUGCCUAGCUAAGCAAUCUGGAGAGAGCAUGGGAGUCAUUUCUCUGUGUGUGGGUAGACUGGUCAGGGUAAGAUUGAGACUUAGUUCUAAGAUUCCCCUUGGAACCUCCUUAAUGUUUAAUUAGCUUCUAACUAGUGUUGUAAGCCCAAUGCCAGAAUUUGGGGAUUUCUCAGUUCUUCUGUUCAUGGCUUUUAUUCACUGUGACUAAUAAGCUUUGUAAUAAAUCCUUGCCAGACGUAA